UGUGGGAGGCGGACAGUACUAUCGACCGGCGGCGCGGAGGGUCGCACAGCAGGCGUCGCAGAAAUGCUCAGUACCUUCUCGGCAGCCCCCGGUCAACAUGGCUGGCCCCUCACCCUACCCGAGCGCGAGAGUGACAGUGACAGUGACUCGCUGCGAGGGGACUCCCUGGACACAGUGAUCCAGGUGGGCGAAGGCGAGGACAGUGCGCGGCGACCGAGGUUAGUGGACCGCGAGAUCCAGGUGGACUCUCAGUGCUGUAAGUGCUCGGAGGAUGGAGUCAGGGACACCAGCUGUGACGGAGGCGGUGAUAAGGGGGAGGCUGAGGGACAGGAGGCCGUGUUAUCAGUGACUGUAGACUGUAGUGGUGAGUCAGUGACGGCUGAUAGUGAGGUGAACACUCCGUCAAGUGCGGGAUUAACUUGUGAUAACUUAGAAACUAGUGUUAACCGUGAUAACUCUCAACUUACCGAUGAACCCGAUAAAACAACUGAUAUUGUCCCUGUAAUUAACAAAGAUCUAGAAAUCGUAGUAGACGAUAAAGAGCAGGAAAUUAACGAGACCCCUAAGGGCACUUUAAGAGAUUUAUUUCCAAUUAAGAGAUCGACAAACGCGCUUGAAAAUUUGCCUUUGAUUUUCCCCCACGCUCGUGGACUCAGUGUGACCAAACCGGUAAACAAAUUCGAAAACCUAUUUAACAACUCGGAUUUUGUGAAAGAAAAAAGUGAUGAAACCAACAAUAACGAAGUCCCUACUGUUAAAUGUGAAAUCGAAAGUGAUAGUGUAGAUAAUAGCUCGUCGCAGCCGGAAAGCGGCGUGCUAGGUCGCGUGGAUGUGAAAACCGACAACUUGUUCCAGUUCAAUGUGAACCCACACGAGGGGGUGACCAGUUUCAGUGAGGACCUCAGGGACAGCUCCGAGGACGAGAUGAAGCAGAAAAAGAAACAGGAGGACAACCGGAUCCACGAUGAAGCAGUGGGAGCGUCCAACAGCGAGCUCUGCAACGGUUACCACCGCGGAGUCUUGAAGUCGGCGCUGAAGAGAGGUUCGUCGAAGAAGUCCAAGAAGAAGAAUCGCGUCCAGUUCGACGAGUCCUUGAAUAAGUUCUUCGACGCCGAUUACGUGAUUCUGAUCCGCGAAGAACCGGAGGAUUUUGACGGCGAUUACGAUAUCGGCGGGUGUGACUGCGGCGAGGACUUCUGCUACGACGAGUGUUGUGAUGAGGACGACGACGAUGACGAGGAGAGCUUCCAGGAGCCCCCCAGCCCCCGGUUCGACCUGUGCGCGGCGUUCGAGCCCCCGGUGGAGUUCGUCGACCAAGUGACUCUCAGCCCUCCUGAUGGCUACAAGGACACCUCACACUACUGCCCGCAUCACCACCCUCGCCUGCCGGCCAAGCGUAGACCCGAUGGAAAGGAUUGGUCGCAAACCGAGGCAGGAGGUGAGGACAGCCACAUGGGAGACACGAGAACCGAGGCCACCAACACUGAUGAUGACCUCAGUCCUGGCUCGUCGGAUCAGAGUCAGAACGUUACCGCCUUGGAGCUCAGUAUGGGUCAGCAACAGCAGCAGCAGCAGCAGUUGAUGCAGCAGUUGACUCAGCAGCAGCAGCGGUACAUCGUGGAGACGAUCACGAUGACAACGGUGACGGAGAGGCGGAUAGUGCGGGAGGCGGAUGACCAGCGACUGCACAAGACCGGUGGGGCGGAGUCCGAGGAGGGGAAGCUCAGUGGGAUCCUCAAGGGUGGGAAGUUGUGGAAGAGCUCCGAUAGCGGGAACCAGACAGACCUCGACGACUUCCCGAGGAAGGGCGAGGACGUGACGCAAGUGACAGGUGAGGAGGACGACAGAAGAGGGGUGCGGUUUUCAGAAAGUGGAAAACCUGAGGGAAGAGAAUCGUCGGUCGAUGGAGGCGAAAGGCCUCGAGAUGGAAAUGAACCCAACGCGGCUUUCAAAGUCGGCAAUACCAUGAUUUCGUCCUCGAAGCCCAAUUCGGCAGUCCGUCAGUUGUUUCCAGGCCAGAGGUUCAUGUCUCCUCCGCCCUUACUGACGAGGUCUCCGGAGUCGGAGAACGGACAAGACGACAAAGAACAAGGCAAGUACUUGGUGACAGCAGAGAAUUUGAAAAUGUUCGAGGAAGCCAAGAAAUCAAAACUGCAGCAGUAUUACAGCUCCAGGGGCAACUCGAAGGACGGCUCUUCGCAAACGAUAUCGUCGCCCCAGCAGGAACAGCCGCCCAGCGACGACGACGAGGGUCUCAGCAGUAGCUUAAUAAAAAGGACUAUCGAAAGAAAUACUUUGCGUAGAAGUCUGCUGAAGUACCCACACGACAUUCGUUUGAAGAGAAACCAAAACAAGCUGAAGAGUGAGAACUCGUUGGUAGAGAGAAUAAAACAGUUGACGUGUGACGUAGAUGACGAACCCGAAGGUAAGAACAAGGAAGGAGAGAACGCCACAAGGGCGAGCCCUCCCGGCGAGGAGGCACAGAAAGUCCAGGGCAACAACCAGAAUCGCCCCGACAAAAUUGCCUCUUCAGGUAUGUCUUCCACUUAUAAAAAAUUAACGGAUUUAUUUUCUCGUCGGGAUAAGUUAGAGGCUGCACACCCAUCGGUUAUACUACAAACUCCGGUUUCGGUCGAAAGACAGUAUGCUUACUACCAGCCUGUGUACCACCAGCAAACUACGCCGCCGGACCUGGGUAACGGGUUGAACACACCGACAGGUGUCAACCAGAAACACAUAGUCCAGAGAAACAGUGUUACCACGGAGGCGAGGAAGCAAUUCCUCUCUUCUCUGGCGCCACUUACCGCCUGCGUGAGCGGGAACCUGGACGACUCGCCGGGAAGUAGAGACAAUCUGCCGCUCCCCGGAGAGCGGACGUCUGUGGCUAGCACCAGCACGGCCCAGGACUCCGAGUACAGUCUCGAUGACAUCGAGGAGGUACUGAACGCGGACGAGAACAAGUCUCAGCCCCAACCGGAUGUGGUGGCCGGUACACCCGCAGGAAACAGUGACCAAGACGAGCUCGCCCUCUUCGUUCAGCAGGAUGCGGGUAGGAUCGAGCGAAUCCGGAAGCGUUACAGUUCUACGCCGAACUCAGCUGGUUCUGAUGACGACGAACACGACGACUACGGAUUCAACAGAAGACCUUCGGUCCGAGGGAUUAAACCCAGAUUCGGAUCCACGACGGAGAUUCUGCAGCAGAUGCAGUCUCAACUACAACCUCCGCCGCUGGCCUGCCCCAGCAGAGUCGGGAGUCACAUCACUUGGCCUUACUAUACACCUGAUGAUUCGAGGAGGAUCAAUCCAAACAGAACGGCGAUGCCAAUUCUCAAGGAGGAAACUCACUUUACUUACAUGCCCGAUCCGAACUUGGAGUACGGAGCCAAUUCUCCAGUAGAUCCUACGAGAACUUAUCAUCACCAGAUGAUUUACUCUUCCUCUGGCAAUCUUCACCAGCCGAUGAGAAUCGGUGGAGGCGGAGACAUGCAGUAUCCACCCAGAGUCCACCACCUCCAUUCCGAGUCACCUCCGAGAGUCCCUCCGAUGGGAAUGAUGGUUCCCUUCCAAGAACACGAUUUCCCGUACAGGACGACAGCUCCUAUCUACGCGAGAAGAGCCAUCCCAGGAAGUGUUGUCCAGAUGAGGGUCUCCCCCAUCCCGGCGGGAUCUGCCGUAAGACUACCACUUCACCCUCCGUACGUCGAGCCAGAACCUCAUUACUCGACACAACCUCUGCCUCCUGGGACGACUUCCAUUAUACGCGUAGGUCAGCAACAGACCAUUCGCGUCCCUUACCCCACCGGAGGCCCAGUUCAGGUGCACCUUCUUGCCACGAGGAGGAGUGAAAGUCCACAGAGAGGGUCUCCCUCUCAGCAGCCAGGAUAUCCGGCGAGCCAGUACGUCGUAGCGAGAGGUACUCAGACGUCUUCUAUAUCCUCGACCUACUUCAACAUCGGCAACACCGUCCCUCCUAGAGGGACCUAUUACCCUUCACCUCCUCUGCCGCAGAGCAACGGACCCAACUACAACCGAGGACCGUUAAUCUACUCGGAACAUCCUCCGAAGCCUCCGCACCUGUUCAACAACAACAACUACCCCACAAACCCUCACAGGGCGACCUCUCCCAUCCAAUCCCUCACGUCCUCCCCCACCAGGAUGAAACCUCAGAACGAACGUGGAGUCCCUGAGGGUGCCGCUUCUUCCUCUCCUGCCUUCCCCCAGGACUCGGUGUACCAACACCAGGUGUCCUCAGGCACAAACCCUCCCUCCCCCGGGUCCGAACCCAGCCUCCCUCCCACCACCUGUGACACCGCCACCUCCCCCGUCACUCCCCCGCAGAACGCCUCUUCUGUUUACUACUCCAUGAACGUCUGACAAAGCCUGCAGCAAUACCAGUACUACUGGACCACCACCUCCAACCACUAGGUGUUUAGAUUAUUUGUACGGUCUGGAGCUUGUCAAGGUUCUGUCUCCGUCCUAGACAAUAUGCCUACUGGAACAGUAUUAAGCAUUAUGGAUGAUCAAGUUUGGCUUUUGUUUGGUUAAGUGAUCUGAUCAACUGUAAAACCAAUAGUUAAUGUUACUUAGUCUUUGUAUUUCAGAACUGAUAUAAUUAAGUAAAUUAAUUGUAAUUAAUUAAAAAAAUAAAAAAAGGGGCGGAAAAUUUCUGGAAUUUCAAAGUAAACAUAAUUCAAAAAUGGAAUCAGUAACCCGUAUUAGGCUUUGUAAAGUAAGUGUACGUCACAAAAUACUUUUUAGUUUUAGUUCGAUUGAAAAUGUUGCUAUCAAUAGCUUUAAUAUUUUUUCAUAAGAAGUAAUUAAAUGUUAGUAAACAGUUAAUGUGAUUUUAGAUGAAGGUUGUUAAAUGCUCAAUUUACUUAAAAAUGUAGUCAUUAGAUGAAUUGGUUGUGAUUUUAAUUAGCCAAGCCUCAACCACGGCAUUUCUUUGACACAAGACAAUAAUAGCAAGAGCGAGAUGCGAACCUAGGACCUGACAGCUCCAGACUAUAGUAAUGUUGUGUGGCCUCCAGUAUUAUAUGUUGUCCCAGAGACGUCACGCAGCUUUGGUUGUGGCCCUGGGCCGAUCCUUGUUUUUAUGGUUGUGACUUUAACAUUUUAAUAAAACAAAAUACUCCUUAAAAACACUGAAGUGCGUCAAACAUCGCUAUCUUUAAAAAGGCAUCUGUAAAUAAAUAAAAACUGUAAGCAAAUUCUUCCACGAGUUCGACUCGGAUAAAUGGGUAAAGUUGUUGCAGGAAAGUUACUUUAUCGUUGCAAGUCAUAUAGGAUUAUUGAUGUUUUACACAAAAUUGGAGUAAAAGAUCUAACACAUCUGUUAUUAAGUUAAUUAAGCUCGUUAUCGGUCUAGUAAAUAAGUUGUUUUAUAUUUCAUAAGUAAAUCGAAUCAAGAUCUCUUCAGAGUAUAAACUUGUAUAGAUUAUAUUUAUUGAGGCAGCUACUGCGCUAAAAGAACUGUCUGAUCAGUUGUACUGGGUUUAGUGUUAGAGAUGGAUCUGAGUUUUUUAUCACUUCAUCAUGAGGGCCUGAGUACGGAAACGAAUAAAAUAAAAUUUUAUUUUUAAAGUGAUUAUUUAUAUAAUAGAUCUAAUAAACCCCAUUUUAUAUUAUAUAGAGUAUGUAAUGAUAGUUUUUAAACGUUGAAUAUUUAUAAAAAAAACUUUAUUGUAAUACACUAUAACGGAUAUAUUAACCAUAAAACUUUUGUACUUGUUCCGAUAGUACAAUAUAGAAUACAAGUUUAUUUAGGCCUACAGGGUUUUUGAUCUUGGGUGUCUACGGUUUGAUUACGAUCAUAAUAAAUGUUAUGGUAAUACUAAAACUAUCUGUUCGUUAAAUCAAGAUUUUUUUAAAACCACGAAUAAUUAGAAUGCUACUUUAUGGGUGUGGUUAAAGAAUUUACUCCUAAAGAAUUAUAUUUUGGCAAGCGUGACAAAAUUGUUAGACGUUAUGGAGUUGCAAACGCGUUAAUAUAGCUUUGAUAUCUUUAAAAUUAGUUUGAAGAGUUUUAAUUGACAGAAAUAAUACGAGAUAUGAUUGUAAAGACUCACUUUCUAAGUGUUGAAUGCUUAUUUUAUCAGCUCUAUUCGAAAAUUCCAUUUUUAGCCAUUCGAGGCUAUUGAAAGAAUAGAGGCUUUUCACUUCUUAGUCUUACACUAAGACCCCUCUUGUGCUACAAUCAUGUGCGAGAAUCUUAUCAAACGUAGUAAGCGAGGAGUCCGGAGAUAAUACAGAACAGAUUUAUGUAUGUAAUAUCCAAUCUUAUCUGGAAAAACGUGUUUAAAAAAAUAAUUGAGCAAAAUUGAAAAUUACAUUAUUUAUACAAUAUGUCUUAAAUUAUUACUUGGUUCAUUCGUAGGUGCACACAGACAACAUGUGGUUUAAUUAUUCAAAAUUUAAAUUAUCAAACGAAUACAGUGUAAGUUUUUAGUUUUCGUCGAUGGAGAAGAAAACAAAAAGUGCGUGAUAUUUGAGGGAGAGGGAAGAGUGACAGGUGGCGUAAGUAAAAACACAAAAACGAGUCAAAGGCCAAAACAGGCCGGGACAGGUCCACAGCUGGACACAAACAUAUUCGGGUCAGAUGUUAGCAGUUUUCACGACAGAACGCUCCCCAGUAAUGGGAUUAGGGGACUAAGAGGAUUUGGCGGCAAAGUUGGGGAUGAAGGGAGGGGGAGAGUGAGGGGGGUAGAAACUCUGGCUUGUUGAAAUGUCACAAAAACGUCCUUUGUUGAGGACUUACCUCGACACGAGCAAGUGAUAAAUGAAACGGAAUUUGUGUUCUGGUUGGAAAAUGGAAACUAUUGCUAAUAAUUUUAUUCAAGUUAUGAGUACAAAAUUAUUAAUCUCUUUAAAAUCCCGACAUACAACUGGUGUUUCAUGUUCAUGUUUCUCAUAUCUUUUGGCAUCUACUACAUAAAUCAGCGUGUUGUCAGCUGAAAGAUGUGAUCAAUAAUUUACUCUAUGUGGUCAAAAUUAUUUUGAGAAAUAAGCGUCUAAGCUAAGUACAUUUUGACGAAAAUAAGCGUUGUAAAAAUUUAUGAGAUCGUAUCAAACCGAAGACACCCAUUGAAAAUAAAAUAUUGAGCUAUAUAUUACCAAUAACUUGUAAAUAUCUAGUAGGCUAAGAAGAGUCCAACAUUCCCAAAUGUUACCAAAGAUUUAAUUUUAAACCCGUUGAAAUGCUUAUGUCAUUAGGAAAGCAACAGUUUCGAUUUUUACCAGCGUAAAUAUGUGUGUAAAUUAUGUAAUAUAUAAGAGAGAACGCAGCAGUAUAUCUAAAGUUGUUGUGAAACAUUUCCGGUGCCAAAGAUGCAGAAGUGUGUACCAAAGCGGCUCAGUUCCGAGCCUUAGGCCUAACCUUAUAAUCAAACCUUUGGUUCUCUUUUGUCAUUGAUUAUUAAAGAUUAGUUAAACGAA